CAUCCGGUGAUUACAGGUGACGUCUUCUCUGAUUGUAGUUAUAUUUGGUGAUUACAGGUGAAGUCUUCUCUGAUUGUAGUUACAUCUGGAAAUUAUAGGUGACGUCUUCUCUGAUUGUAGUUACAUCCGGUGAUUACAGGUGACAUCUUCUUGGACUGUAGUUACAUCUAGUGAUUACAGGUGAAGUCUUCUCUGAUUGUAGUUACAUCCGGUGAUUACAGGUGACGUCUUCUGUGACUGUAGUUACAUCCGGUGAUUACAAGUGACGUCUUCUCUGAUUGUAGUUGCAUCCAGUGAUUACAGGUGAUGUCUCCUCUGAUUUUAGUUACAUCUGGUGAUUACAGGUGACGUCUUCUCUGAUUGUAGUUACAUCUGGUGAUUAUAGGUGAUGUCUUCUCUGAUUGUAGUUAUAUCCGGUGAUUACAGGUGACGUAUUCUCUGAUUGUAGUUACAUCUGGUGAUUACAGGUGACGUUUUCUCUGAUUGUAGUUACAUCCGGUGAUUACGGGUGACGUCUUCUCUGAUUGUAGUUAUAUCCGGUGAUUACAGGUGACAUGUUCUCUGAUUGUAGUUACAUCCGGUGAUUACAGGCGACGUCUUCUCUUACUUUAUUUGCAUCCGGUGAUUACAGGUGACGUGUUCUCUGAUUGUAGUUAUAUCCUGUGAUUACAGGUGAUGUCUCCUCUGAUUGUAGUUACAUCCGGUGAUUACAGGUGACGUCUUCUCUGAUUGUAGUGACAUCCGGUGAUUACAGGUGAUGUCUUCUCUGAUUGUAGUUAUAUUCGGUGAUUACAGGUGAAGUCUUCUCGGAUUGUAAUUACAUCCGGAGAUUAUAGGCGAUGUCUCCUCUGAUUGUAGUUAUAUCCGGUGAUUACAGGUGACGUCUUCUCUGAUUGUAGUUAUAUCCGGUGAUUACAGGUGAUGUCUCCUCUGACUGUAGUUACAUCCGGUGAUUACAGGUGACGUCAUCUCUGAUUGUAGUUACAUCCGGUGAUUACAGGUAAAGUCUUCUCUGAUUGUAGUUAUAUCCUCUUCUGGAGAGUUUCCAGAAGGCGGUUUUGAACGAUGUAUGUGAACAAUGGAAUAAAUGUAAAAAUAAAAAAGGUAAUAAUCUUAGUUUUGGUGAGAAAUGUGCAUUAACUGAAUUAGUGAGGGAAGAUAGAGUGGUCGUUAAGAAGGUGGAUAAAGGGGGAGCAACGGUUUUAUGGGGAAAAGAGUUAUAUUCACAGGAGGCAGAAAAACAAUUAAGUGAUGAAAAUGUGUAUAAGAAAUUAAAAGGCGAUCCUACAGAGAUCUUUAAAAAGGAUAUUCAUAUCUUACUAGAAGAGGCAGUGAAUAAUGGAGUUAUUGAUACUCUAACUCAGAAAGCCUUAAUUAACGACCACCCUAGAUUCCCCAUUUUAUACCUACUUCCAAAGGUUCAUAAGGAUGGAGAGAGACCCCAGGGACGUCCCAUAGCCUCGGGGGUUGACUCCAUCCUACAUCCUUUGGCAGUAUACGUGGACAAUUAUUUACAGAAGAUUGUUAAAAAAUGGAAAAAUUGGCUAAGGGAUACUAACGAUUUUUAGGUCAAAUUGAAAAUUUUGAAAUUACGGAAAAAACAUUGCUGUGUACAUUAGACAUUAAAAGUCUUUAUACAAAUAUCCCCACACAUGAAGGAAUAGCCGCAGUUAGGGAAGAAUUAAUUAAAGAUCCCACACUCUGUAACUCUAAAAUUGUCUUCAUAGUGAAUCUGCUGGAGAUUAUUUUACAAAUAUUUUUUUUAGAUUUGGGGAAGAAUUUUAUUUACAGAUACAGGGGACCUCGAUGGGGUCCCCUGUCGCACCAAUAUAGCAAAUAUUUUUAUGUCUAAGUUUGAGGAGGCAUUUGUUCAUUCUUUUGCUUUAAGUGAAUAUGUUCUCAAGUGGACUCGAUACGUGAAUGACGUGUUUUUGUUAUGGGCAGGUUCGGUUGAACAGCUGGGAGAGGAUGUACAGUUAUUGAACAGUUGUCAUCUGCUUAUCGAGUUUACUAUGGAAGUACAUCACCAGCAGAUUCACUAUUUGGACGUAGAAAUAUUUAAAAAUGGUACAAAAUUGGAGUCUACACUGUUUAAAAAACAAGCAGAUAGAAAUAAUGUUCUUCUUAGACAAAGUCAACAUGCACCACAAACAUUUAAUGGAAUACCGAGAGGUCAAUUUAUAAGAGUGAGACGAAUAUGCAGUAACGAUGAAGAAUAUGUAAAAAAUAAAGAAAUGUUGAUACAGAAAUUUGUCAAACGAGGAUAUGAGGAAAAAGUGAUAAGAAAAGUAGGAGAGGAGGUUCAAAAAAUACCAAGAGUUAAUUUAAGACAGAGGAUGGAUAAAAAUAAAAAGGGAAAUGAAGACAAGAAUUUUUCUUUCAUGUCUACAUAUGACUGCCAUGCACAACUAAUCAAAAAGACAGUGAACAAAUAUUGGGGACUGUUACGUGCGGACUCCAAAUAUGGAAACAUUUUUGAAAAAUUACCUAGGUUUAUAUAUAAAAAAGGUAAAUCGUUGGCAAAUAAUUUAGUUCGUGCAGAUAUGAAGGAAAAACGAAAAACAAAACAAUCUUUUUUAUGUACAAAAAAGAAAGGUACCUUUCCGAGCAUUAUUAAAACUGAUGCUAUCUGUCAUUCUCUUAAAGGCACUAAAAUUCCAAUAAAAGGCUGCUAUAGUUGCAACUCUAAACACGUCAUUUAUAUGUUGAAAUGCCUCUGUGGGCAUGUCUAUGUGGGACAGACUAUGAGAAAUGUCAAAUACCGGAUUAAUGAACAUCGUUCGGCAAUCCGGAAUGUGAAGAGCAAAGAAGAUCAGAGUCAGGUUGAAAUCGGAAGUAAACUUGGUGAAACCGGAGUGGCAAAGCAUUUCCAUGAAUAUGGACAUAAAGUUAGUGAGUUGCGCUGGUUAGUGAUUGAAGAAGUUGAAGGAGAGUCAGAAGAAAAGAUUAAAAGGAAAUUACUCCAACAAGAAGUAUAUUGGAUAGAAGCCCCUAAUUCAUUGAGCCCGGACGGGCUUAAUGAAUUAUGCAAUUUUUCAGUUUUUCUAAAUGAGUUCUCGCGAGAGAUGAUUACUAUGUAAUAGGUGAUGGGUGCACGAUAGGGUCACUUGAGAAAGGGGGCGUGUCCUCCGAAACUUCGGAAGUGUCCGGCCUACACACUCACCUGUUUUUCCCCUUUGUGAGAGGAAGGAGGAUCCACUCCGCUAUGCCCGUGCUAGGGCGAAGAUAGAUCGGCAGCUGGAUCAGAAGAUGUUGGACGUUCUUUAGUGAGCACUUGGGGUGAAGUACUAUUUGUAACAAAUACAUUUGAAAAAAGUGUAGCAUAAGAAUUUACUAAAAUCUGAUUGUAGUUAUAUCCGAUGAUUACAGGUGACGUAUUCUCUGAUUGUAGUUACAUCUGGUGAUUACAGGUGACGUUUUCUCUGAUUGUACAUACCUACAUACAUACAUGAUUUAAAACGUACAUACCUGUUCAGUGUGAAUUUUCUUCUAUAUUGGAUACUGCUUUGAAUGGGUUGAGCCCCCGUAUAUUCACACGUAUACCCCAAUGCAUCCUAGGUUUACUAUCUAAUCAUUAUAUGUCUUCUCUGAUUGUAGUUACAUGCGGUGAUUACAGGUGACAUCUUCUCUUAUUGUAAUUACAUGUGACGUCUUCUCUGACUGUAGUUACAUGCGGUGAUUACAGGUGACGUCUUCUCUAAUUGUAGUUACAUCCGGUGAUUACAGGUGACGUCUUCUCUAAUUGUAGUUACAUCCGGUGAUUACAGGUGAAGUCUUCUCUGAUUGUAGUUACAUCCGGUGAUUACAGGUGACGUCUUCUCUAAUUGUAGUUACAUCCGGUGAUUACAGGUGACGUCUUCUCUAAUUGUAGUUACAUCCGGUGAUAACAGGUGAAGUCUUCUCUGAUUGUAGUUACAUCCAGUGAUUACAGGUGACGUCUUCUCUGAUUGUAGUUACAUCCGAUGAUUACAGGGGACAUCUUCUCUGAUUGUAGUUACAUCCGAUGAUUACAGGGGACAUCUUCUCUGAUUGUAGUUACAUCUGGUUGUCACGCACCUGAAUGCAGGCUGUCACGGAACUGGAUGCGGGCUGUCACGGAACUCUACCUGUGUGGCUGAUGACUCGGACCAUAUGGAGGAGCGGAGUCUAAGGUGCUUCUGGUCUUCACCAGAGCCCGCCACAAGGCAGGAUGCAUUUGCUGCGGCAGGCGACACCCAGGUCGCUACCCCCAAUACGGCUUGACCACACAGGUAACUGGGCAAAGUGAAGUACCGGAGGAUGAGGCAGAGGCGUAGACAACGUAGCAGAAGGUCUAGGCAGGCAGCAAAGGUUCGGAGUCAAAAAACAUAGCAGGAAGGUCUGGAAACACAGGUAGGCAAAACAGGCAAUGGGAACGCUUUCUCUUAGGCAAUGAGCACUGAAGAUCCGGCAGGGGGGCGUGGGAGGUGCGAAAGCUUAUAACAUGGUGACAGGUGCAUUAACUAAUUAUGGGUGCACUGGCCCUUAAAAUUUCAAAGCUCUGACGCACGUUGCGGGGCUGAGAAGAAGCAGCAGGAGUGGAGCGAGGUAAGGGAUGGGCUGGCAUUUGCAU